AUGAAGACCUCGGGGAACCACCCCGUCCUUGGGGCGUUCUGCUGUGCUUUCUAUUUGCCUUUGGUAGCUUCCAUGGAAAAAGUUACCAUCCCAGCAGAGCUGAGGACAGCCAUGGCAGAAAUUGCUGUCAAUACCACGUCCUGCAGUGUCACCUGUGGCCCAGGCUACAAGCUGGAGAGGCUGUGCUCGGUCACUGCCACUGGAGAGAGGAGGAACUGCACCAUCCGCCGCUCGGGCUGCCUGACCACCUGGGCUUGUGGCAUGGUGCACUUCACCAUCCCGGUGGGCAAACCCUUCCAGUUCAACUGCCUGAGCCCGGAUGAGGUGGGCUUUGAGAGGGAAGCCUAUUUCUAUACCUGGAGGUUUGCCCAGAGCCUCAUCACCAUGAACGACAUGAUGUUCAAACCUUUAAAAAACACCGAGUCUCUCGUCAGGCUUUCCCCUGCCAGGGAGUCUGAUGCAGGGACCUACCGGUGUGACAUGCAGCUGGUGAAGACGUUCAGAGUCAUCAAGAGGAUCUACUUUGGGGUCAGAGUCAUCCAGAAUGAAUUAGUGAAUCUGAACUUCCAAAAAUCCUUGACUUGGGAACAGAAGGUGUUUUAUGACUACCUGGUAGGAAUUGGAAGUGGAGUGAUAGGGGGUACCCUAGUGGGCAUGGUUCUCUGCUGUGUGCAGAGGUUUUUGAGGAGAGCUGCAAAUAAACCAGCUAAGAUUUAG